AUGUCGAAGAAGAGGAUUGACAUUGGAGACAACCUGAAGUCGAAGCGAAAGAAGUUCGAAGACGAUGGUGACUACGGAGAUGGGGAUGGUUCGACGAAGGUGGGAAAGGUCUCAGCAAAUGAACAAACAGCCGCGGCGAACACUACUGUCUCACCAUCGCUGAAUAAAUACACGGGAAGGCCAAAUUCGAAACGGUAUUAUGAGUUGUUCAGAAAGCGCGUAUCGUUGCCCGUUUGGGAGUAUCGAGAUCGGUUCAUGGACCUUCUACACAAAAAUCAAGUGCUAGUGCUCGUCGGUGAAACUGGAUCCGGUAAAACUACGCAGAUUCCGCAGUGGUGUGUUGAAUAUGUGACGAGCAUGGCGAAAGGUCAAAAGCGAGCCGUGGCUUGUACUCAGCCGCGUCGUGUUGCAGCUAUGUCCGUUGCCCAAAGAGUGUCGGAGGAAAUGGAUGUGAGUUUAGGUCAAGAAGUUGGUUACUCGAUUCGGUUCGAAGACUGCUCAUCUCCGAGAACCUUGUUGAAGUACAUGACUGACGGUAUGUUGCUCCGUGAGGCGAUGAGUGAGCCCUUGUUGGAACAGUACGGAGUGGUGCUGUUGGACGAAGCGCACGAAAGGACCUUAGCGACUGAUAUUCUCAUGGGCGUGCUGAAGGAAAUCAAGACGCAAAGAUCGGAUCUGAAGAUCGUGGUGAUGAGUGCUACGUUGGAUGCCGGGAAAUUUCAAACGUAUUUCGACGAUUGUCCGCUCAUGAGCGUUCCUGGUCGCACGCAUCCUGUUGAAAUAUUUUACACCCCUGAAGCUGAGCGUGACUACAUGGAAGCUGCGAUUCGUACCGUGAUUCAAAUCCAUGUUUGCGAAGAAGUGCAAGGCGACAUCUUGUUGUUCCUAACUGGUCAGGAAGAGAUUGAAGAAGCUUGUAAGCGUAUCAAGAAAGAAGUGGACAAUCUCGGCCCGGAAACGGGUGAAAUCAAAUGCAUUCCCCUGUAUUCAACCUUGCCCCCAAAUUUGCAGCAGAGAAUAUUUGAAGCUGCCCCGCCGAAUAAGCCGAAUGGAGCAAUCGGUCGUAAAGUAGUGGUGUCAACAAACAUCGCGGAAACUUCAUUGACUAUAGACGGCGUUGUGUUUGUCAUAGACCCCGGUUUUGCGAAGCAGAAAGUUUACAAUCCGCGCAUUCGUGUAGAAUCUUUGCUUGUUUCACCCAUUAGCAAAGCAUCUGCACAACAGCGAGCGGGUCGAGCUGGACGAACGCGGCCUGGGAAGUGUUUUCGACUGUAUACUGAAGAUGCGUAUAAGUCACAAAUGCAAGAUCAAACCUAUCCGGAAAUUCUGCGGUCGAAUUUGGGCUCUGUCGUCUUGCAGCUGAAAAAGCUCGGUAUUGACGAUCUGGUGCACUUCGAUUUCAUGGAUCCGCCGGCCCCGGAGACGUUAAUGCGGGCCUUAGAACUCUUGAAUUAUGUUGGAGCUUUGAACGACGACGGAAACUUGACACCGCUUGGUGCCAUCAUGGCGGAAUUUCCUCUCGAUCCUCAGUUAGCGAAGAUGUUGGUAGCGUCAACAGAAUACAACUGCUCGAACGAAAUCCUUUCUAUUACUGCGAUGCUUUCGGUUCCUCAGUGCUUUAUCCGACCCGCGGAAACAAAAAAGGCUGCUGACGAGGCGAAAAUGAGAUUCGCGCAUAUUGACGGCGAUCAUUUGACUCUAUUGAACGUCUAUCACGCUUUCAAACAGAAUGGAGAGUCACCGCAAUGGUGCUACGAGAAUUACGUGAACUAUCGUUCAUUGAGUUCCGCAGACAACGUGCGAUCGCAACUUUCUCGAAUCAUGGACAGAUUUGAUUUGAAGCGUACGUCUACUGAAUUCAACUCGCGCGACUACUACCUCAACAUCCGCAAAGCCUUGGUUGCUGGCUUCUUCAUGCAAGUUGGUCACUUCGAGCGAACGGGGCAUUAUUUGACCAUCAAGGAUCGGCAGGUUGUGCAGCUUCAUCCGUCAACUUGUUUAGAUCACAAGCCCGAGUGGGUUAUCUACAAUGAGUUUGUGUUGACGACAAAAAACUACAUUCGAACGUGCACAGACAUUAAACCUGAGUGGCUUUUGAAAAUAGCACCCGUUUAUUACGAUUUAGACUCGUUCCCUGCCGGAGAAGCUAAGCGACAGUUGGAACAGGUCAAAGCGCGGAUGGAAUCGAGAGCCUACCAGAACUUCUAG